UCCAGGACGGUAGAUGGCGCUGUGUAACUUUACAGUCAAAUAUGUAAACGAAUAGUUUGAGUUCUCAUGGCGGGGAGACGGCAUUUCUGUGGACAGGGAUUAUCUAUUCAAUCUACUGCCUGUGUGGACACCAGUACGCUGCUGGGCCGGUUUGACGGACAGUCCAGGCUGCUGCUCACUACAUUGAUGUCCGGAGUUUCCGGGGCUAAAGCCGCCCUGACGGUCUUCCAGAGACAGCAGCGGGCUAACUCGGAGUCUACCCUAACUAACUUCAUACUAACGCUUUGCAGAGACGAAAUUACCUCAUCAGCUGAAGCGCUGACACUUUCAGUCAAACCGCUCGUCUGCCUGUUUCCACCAGUGUUUAAACAGAACCUACUGAUCUUCCUCUACUUGGUGAACUCUGCUUUUCCUGGGCCCACCGUCCUGCUGCUGCUCAGAUGUCUUGCUCAGGACUCCAGUCCAAGCCCCUGGGUGAGAGCUCUGGGCAGACUGCUGGAGAGGAAACUGGAGAUGAACUUCAAGGAUCCUCUGUACUCUGAACAAUGCAGGCAGAAACUGAAGCAGCUAUCGGAGAAUUUGGGAGGUUCUAGUGAGGCUGGAGGUUGGGCCGAAUGCUUCAACAGUCAAACAGAGGAAUCCGAAUCCUAUUGCGGAUGUGAUUUGCUCGAGCAUGGGACACAGCGGAAAAGACGGGCCAGUUUUGAUGCGCACGUGGAUGCAGAUGGAGAGGAAGCGGUGCAGGAGAGUAAAAGGUUGAAGAUGGACAACAUGCACGUUGAUGAGCCAGUAGAUGCAGAAGACGAAGAAGUGAGGAUGGACACGCAAGGAGGGUCUGCAAGUGCUGCUGAAACACCUGCAGACCGACCGCAAGAUGGUCUACCUGAACACAUCAGGGGCUCUGUUCUUCACAUGAAAGAAUUACUGGAAAGUCAGGCUGAGUGGGACCAGAGCGCCACAGAUGUGUUCAAAGUGUUAAACGAAUGCAACCCAACCCAAGUGGAGGUGUUGUGUGAGACACUGAACUUUCCCAUCUUACCUGAACACACCCUGCCUAAGCUGUGCAACAGCAUUUUGUCCCUCUCUCCUGAUCUGAGCUACAGUACGGCAGCGUCCCUCAUUAGGAGCAUCCUGCUGCAGAAGGUCUCGUCCCUGUCAGAGCCGGCCUCCAGGUGUUUGGUAACGGCGGUAACUUCACUGUGCAGCCGCUAUCCGCGACCGAUGUGCCGUGCGGUAAUCGAACCAGUUCUGGAGGACAGGAAUAUAGGGCCGCCUCAGACGGAGCUGCUGAACAGACUUAUAGAAAGCUGCCUGGAUUCACACUACAGACUGCUGAUGCUUCAAAUGACAUUCAGGAUUCCUUGGAGUGAAGCAGUUCUCUCCAUCAUCCACAGCUUGCUUGACUCCAAGCUGCUCUUGAAUGAAGAAGUUUUCACACAGCUCACAGAACAGCUCAUCAGCCAGGGACCUCACUUCACCAAAUCUGUGAAAUUUGCCAAAAUGAUGUUAACAGUUCUCACCAAACACAGCAGCCACGUGACUGCUGCACAGAAACACUCUCUGGCGAGCUGCCUGAACUCAAAUGAGACAUUCCUGAAGAAAUCACUUCAAGCUUCUUUGAAACGAAUCCCAGACGCGUGACUCCAGAUUUGACUUUAUUAAUGCCAAUAACCACCAAAAUAAAUCCACUCCAAAAGGAUAA